CACAAAGAGACAUUCCACUGCAUCGACAGAGGCAGCGGCGGUUGACUGAUGGAGUGGGGCGACGAGUGGCUCGCCCCGGACAAGCUGCAGCACGUCCUCGCCUGCCUCCUCAUCACGCUCGCCGCCGCGGCGCUCGCGGGACGGAGCUCGCGCCCCUUCCUCCGCCGCCGCGCGCUCGCCCUCGGCUGCGCCGCCUCCCUCGCCGUCGGCGCCGCCAAGGAGGUCGCCGACGAGACCCGCCUCUUCGGGUCCUCCGGCGCCUCGCUCAGGGACGCCGCGGCCGACCUCCUCGGCGUGGCACUCGCCGCGGUCCUCGUCGCCCUUGGCCGCCGCCUCCGCCGUCAGCGGCGCCGCGAGAAGGCCGACGAUACCGACGGCAACAUCUCCAUGGUCUGAGUAAGUCUGAGUGCUCACCUUUCCUCCAGUCAAAUGGGUCACUGGGCCUAAUUCUCUUGCCGGCCCGUUGUCAUCGGCCCGCGUCGCGAGGCCUUUCUCGUGCGUGUGACCUUUCCACCGUCGCACCGAUCUCUCCUCCUCCUGCGCUUUUGGGAGACGCUGCGCCGCCGAUCACCAGUCAUGGCGCUCCUCGCCGCCGUUCGCCGCCUUCCUCGGGCCCUCCGACUCCUAAAGCCUAACCACCUCAGCACCACUUCUUCCUCCACCUUCUUCGGCGACUCCGAGGGCUCUGCGCCCGUCUGGGAGCCGCCGUCCCCCGUCCGCUCCCCGCCGGACGACCAGUUCGCGGCGUGGGUCACGCGCCUCCGCCCGGGCUUCACCGCCUGCGACCUGGCCGACGCCAUCAACUCCGAGCAGGACCCGGACCUCGCGCUCGCGCUCUUCCGCUGGGCCGGGCUCCGCCCGGGCUUCCGCCACGCGCCGGCCUCCUACAUCGCCGCCCUCAACGCCGCCUCCUCCGGCAAGCGCCCCGUCGCCGCGGAGAACCUCAUCCACGACGUGCUCGCGGGGGCCUGCCCCCCCGACCUCCAGCUCUUCAACGCCUGCCUCCGCUUCUGCUGCGACCGCCGCAGCCUCUUCCCCAUCGCCUUCGACAUGUUCAACAAGAUGCGCGCACUCCCGGCCAACGCCGGCUGCCGCCCCAACGUCGAGACCUUCACGCUCCUGCUCAGCACCGUGGUCCGCCGCGUGCGCCGCCCGCCCGCGUCGCUGGUCUACCUCCACGCCGUCAGAUCCCUCUCCCGCCAGAUGAAGGCCACGGGCGUGGUCCCCGACACCUAUCUGCUCAACCUAAUCAUCAAGGCGUAUGGGCGCUGCCUUGAGGUAGACGACGCCCUCAAGGUGUUCCGGGAAAUGCCCUUGUAUAGCUGUGAGCCAAAUGAGUUCACCUAUGGCUACAUUGUCAAGGCCAUGUUCCAGAAGGGCAGGACCGAUAACGGGUUGGCGUAUUUGAAGGAGAUGAGGGAGAAGGGGUUCGUGCCGAGCGGCGGCGUGUACAUGUCAGCGGUGGCUGCGCUGGCACUGGAAUGGAGGUUCGAAGAAUCCAGAGAGGUGCUUUUGGAUAUGCUGGAUAGCAAGAGGAAGCCAGAUAUGAUCACUUACAGGACUCUGCUGGAGGAGCUGUGCCGAGCUACACGGACAGAGGAUGCGUUCCAGUUGCUGGAGGAGCUGAAAGAGAGGAAGCGAGGAGCAUUGGACCAGAGGAUGUACUCAGAAUUGCUCGAUGGGCUGCACUGGAUUUCUCAGCCACAACAGAAUAGUCUUCCUCGCCGUGACAGGGGCUCUGAUGAUAGGGGUUCUGAUGACUGAAAUUCUUCGAUGAAUUGCAUGUCUUAGUGCUAUCGAGUGGCAAAUCACAGUCAUAGAAAGUCUAAUUCAUGAAUUGAAGCAGGGGGGCACCUUCACUGGGAUUAUCUGGUUGAAUCAACUUUGCAGAAUUACCGCUUCCAGCAUGAUCAAUGACAUGCCCACAGGGUCGAGAAGAUGAACAAAAUGUCUUUACAGAAGAUGUGGGAUCAGAAAAAUUGCUUGUUGCUGGUGGCAAUGAUAGUUGGGGUGAUUGUUGUUUUACUUGUCAUCAGCAAUUUCUGAAGUAAAUCACGGUGGCAUUCAGAAAAGGUUGUUCCAGGUAUCAUGUAGUAACGUGAUAUAUUUUUAAUUCCUUUUGCUCGGAAAGUCCAGUUGUAGAAUAACUAGUGCUUACGCCUGUGAGAAAUUGCUCCUUAUUUUCUCUACUUGGUGUUGAUAGCACAAUCAGUAUUGAUUGUAUUGCAGAACCUCGUUCAUGAUGGUGCAGUUGAGAUAUGUAUCUAUGUGAGAAUAGUGCAUUAUGUGAUUAUUAUUUUUCUUCUGAAA